UGCAGGAUAUCCCGUAUGUGUGUGUCACCCUGUCAACAGCAGCCUUGUGGGAGAGCAAAGCUAUCAAGGGCAAUGUUGGGUAACGCCGGUGCUGUGUUGCUGAGGUCCUUGCCUCAAUCCUGCCGGGUAGCGCAGAGCCACGCAUCAAUGGUUCCGAGAAUCAGCUGUGUAACUGCAGUCUUCGCGAAAGUUUCCCGUGGGGAAUUACGGCCUGUCCGUAGCAUCCAUCACUCUCCGCCACUUUGCGCCGGUCACAACAAGUGGUCAAAAGUCAAAGAUGUGAAAAUCCCUCGAGAUCAUGAACGUGCACGAAUGAUGGCCAAACUGUCAAUGAUGAUUCGGGUUGCAGUAAGAGAGGGCGGUGCCAAUCCGGAGUAUAACGCCUCCCUGGCUCAGGUGAUAGAGCAGUGCCGCAGCAAAAACGUCCCUAAAGCCACCAUAGAGCACGCCAUCAAGGGAGCCGACCGCUCCAAGUCCAGUACGCAGCACCUGUAUGAGGUGAGGGGUCCGAGCGGCUUCAUGGCGCUGGUGGAGGUGCUGACCGACAACAGCAAACGCUCCAAUCAGGAGAUACGAUACCUGCUCAACAAACACGGGGCGGCGAUCUGUGACGGGGCGCGCCACAGCUUCUCCAAGAAGGGAGUUGUCAUGGCGACGCGUGGCGAGCUGUCCUCCGACCAGGCCCUGGAUCUGGCCAUCGAGGCUGGAGCCGAGGACGUCAAGGAGACUGAGGAUGAGGAGGAGAGAGCCAUGCUGCAGUUCAUCUGCGGCAUGGGCGAGAUGCGCGGCGUGCGUCAGGCGCUGGACAAGCUGGGCGUGAGCACGGUGUCGUCGGGCCUGGAGUACGUGGCCACCAUGGGAGCGCCGCUGAGCCAGGAGCAGCUGAGGGACGCACACACGCUACUGGAGGCCGUCAAAGACUACCCUGACGUGGUGCGGGUCUGGGACAACAUCGAGGCCCAGGACUAGAGAUGGAGAUGGGGGCAAUGAGUGGAUGGACUAAAGAGGCUUGAAUGGAUGGGGUGGAUUGAUGAAUGAAUGAAUGAAUGAAUGAAUGAAUGAAUGAAUCCAUGGAUUGAUGGAUUGAUAGAGGAGAAGAGUAACUUGGAGGAUGGAUGGAUGGAUGAAUGAAUGAAUCCAUGGAUUGAUGGAUGGAUGGAUGAAUGGAUAGUUGAACUAUGGUGAUGUGGGGCAAGUCUGGGACAAUUUUGAAACCAAGGACUAAGUGCCUGUCUGCAUCGUUCUCUGUCUCUCAUACAGUUUUCAGGCCGUCCAAAACGUUGCCUGUGCAUACACCCAGUUGCGUUCGGCACUUAAGUCCUUACCUGCGAACUAUCCGCAUUCAUACCGGGCUCUAAACUUUUCCCCACGUCACUGUGUAUAACCCAAAUGAACCAGCUGAUGUCCACAUUGUCGUCACGGUUCGAGGAGAAAAAAACAAGUACUUUCCGGUUUGCGAAUGCUAAGAUCUGCGGCAUGAACACGCCCGUCGGUUUGUGACUAGUUCGUGAUUAGGUGCGGGAACGGGCACCGGCACCGGCACAGUUCUCAGUCGGCCUGAACGCGCCAUCUGAGAAGUUAAGACAGAAGCAUGGGUGGAAGGAAGAUGAGAGAAGGAAAGAAGGACUCCUAAAUUGAUUGCUAUGAACGAAUAAAGGAUGGAAGGAAGGAAUGAAGGAGGGAAUGGAUGUAUGGAAUUGAUUGAUGAAUGGACAAACUGCUGUGCCCACUUGUGACAAAAAGCAACACACAUGGACUCAGUUAAGACGUUAGAACUUUAAGAUUCUGGAAGAAGACCAAUUCCAGAAUUUGGACAGAGAACAUGUUUGGAAUGUAAAAUCUUGAUCGGCUCUGUUGAGCUGAGAUUUAAGUUGACGAUCUGUUAGAGCUGAAUCAUCUACACCAGGGGUGUCAAACUGGUCAAAAACUAAAUCUGGGCCUAAAAUGGCUUAAAAUUGCCUAAAAUUGCACAAGCACGCACUUGAUAUUUGGAGGAAAAUUUCACAAGCUCUCAUUCCCAUCAUAAGUUAGUUAGUUGAAAUGUUCCUGUGCAAGUACAUAUAGUGUACUGUUGAACAAUUUUCGUGCUCAAGCCAUGUUAUUAUAUAUUAAUGGAGUAUGUGGGUCAACUAAUAGACAUCUGCAAAGAUCUUGCGGGCCAAAUAAAAUGACCCACAGGCCAGAUUUAGCCCCCGGGCCUGAGCUUGACAUCCCUGGUCUACACCUUGACGCUAGGACUGUAAAUGUCACAUGGGUCAAAGACGUCCAAAAAGGAACUGUCAUUCAGUGUAACGGAUACCUUCUGCUGACUGUAACUGUAAGAAACAUGACUCUUUUUAUUUUAUUUUUUUCCAGUGAAUUCAUGGAAGCCUCGGCUGUCAUCCAUUCACUUGAAACAAUUUAAAAAUCAUGUUUUUUUACAGUUACACUCAGCAGAAGGUAUCCGUUACACUGAAUGACAGUUCCUUUUUGGACGUCUUUGAUCCACAUCACUUAUUUAUGUUGGUAAAUCCACGUCACCCUGCUGUCAGGUAAGUGGACUGUGGGACAUGUCUUUCUGUUGCUGACUGCAGAGUUGAAUGGAUUCAACGGACUGAGAGAAUGAGUGAUUGCAGCCUGUACACAUUUAAUCUGCAUUCUGAAAAUAAAGAUUUUAGAGUCUCCU